AUGGCUUCAUUGAACUUUUUGCGAACAGUGGGCUCAUGCUGGACACUGCCGCAUACAAGCCGGCUCGUGAAGAAUCGAUCGCCCGCUUUUAAAACUGUUUCGUGUCCGGCACACUGUAUGGUUGGUUGUUUGAUAAAGGACACAUGCAGGACCAGGACUACCCACAGAGCCAAUAGGAUGGAAAAAGAGUUUACUCGCUAUCUCAGUAAUGUCACAUCAAUCAAAAGUUACAGCACGUACAAUAUCCAAAUGAGCUGCUGGAAGUGUAGUGAAGCUUUUGUCAAAAGCCCUACAUUCUUCUGUUCGUCCUGUAAAGUGGUCCAGCCUCCUGAUGAGGGGGCAUCCUUCUUCAACAUCAUGGACUGUGAAUGCAUAUUUGCAUUGGAUAUUCAGAAACUCCAGAAAAGAUACUUGCAGCUCCAGCGCUCCCUGCAUCCAGACAACUUUAGCCAGAAAUCUGCGGAAGAACAAGAAUAUUCUGAACAUCAGUCAGCGCUUGUCAACAAAGCCUACAACACUCUGUUGAAGCCUUUGAGUCGUGGCCUUUACAUGCUGGAGAUGAAGGGGAUCCACUUGAACGAAGGCACGGAUCCCGGGGCGGAUGCUAAGUUUUUAAUGGAGUUGAUGGAGAUCAAUGAAUCCAUCGCGCAGGCACAGACUCAAGAGGAAGUGGAUGAGAUCAGCAAAGACACAAAAUGGAAACUAAAAGACUUGACGGAGAAGAUAGACGGCGCCCUGUGUGCAGGAGAGCUCCAAGCUGCUAAGGAACUGCUUGCCCAAAUGAAGUACUUUUCAAAUAUUGAAGAGAAAGUCAAGGAAAAACUUUCUGGAUUCAUGUAA